GCAACCCACAUCAUCCAUGCCCUGGGGGUGGGGGAAUUUGAACCAGUGGAAUACUCGAGGAGUUCAAAGUUUAAGAGUCCACUUUCAGGAGACCAAAUUGCAGCAUAAAAAGCUAUCCCAAAUUCAGAAACAUUUUUUGAUCAUGCAAAGAAUUGUUCAAUAACAAAUUGUCCUUGGGAGGACAUUUGAAUGCAGAUUUUCUCCGGAGGGGCGGAAAUCUGAACGAACCAAUUUUCAAAAGUUCAAGUGCCCGUGGGGAGAUGUUCCCUGAACUUAGUUGACAACACUAUGUAAAGCUGUGAGCCUGGCCCCUGGGAUUCCUCUUAAAAUUCGUUCCUAGUCCUUCCAGCUUCACGUACAUACCACGGAUGAAGUAGUCUAACUUCCGGUGCUCUUAACCCUCCGUGAGAAUGUCAUUUUUAAACGAACACAAGUUGUUAUUUGGGGCUGUGGGGAUUGCAUUAUCAUCUGCAGCUGCAGGAUAUGUGUUCAGUCGGACUUUGAUUCAGCGCAGUUCGUUUGAUACGCCCCUCAAAGUUCUCUCUGAAGGGAGCCCAGUGGCUAAAUAUGUCUUGAAACACGGAAUCCGCGAACCCUCACCUCUCGCGCAAUUAAGGCAGGCAACAUUGAACCAUCCGAAAAAUGAAAUGAUUUGCAGUGCUGAUGAAGCUCAGUUCAUGAGACUGCUGUGACAACUGAUCAAAGCCAAAAAAGUCAUAGAAAUAGGUGUGUAUACUGGAUAUAAUACUCUAAGUAUGGCAGUGGCACUUCCUCCAUAUGGCAAAGUUGUCGCAUGUGACAUAACGGAUAAGUUUUUAAGGGAAGCGGAUAGCCACCAUUACUUUAAAGAGGCUGGUGUUGAAUCAAAGAUAGAUUUACGCAUGCAACCUGCCAUUGCUACACUUGACGAGCUGAUAAAUGCCGGUGAAAGUGGAACCUUCGACCUUGUUUUUAUUGAUGCUGAUCGAAUCUCGAAAGACAAGUACUACGAAAAAUCAUUACAACUUCUGCGCAAAGGCGGCUUGGUAGUAAUCGAUAAUGUGUUGUGUGAUGGCAAAGUUUGUGAUCCUGAAGAAAGGGCGGCCAAUACAGACUUGAAAGCUCCUCACGACUUGAAUGUAAAAGUUCAUGAAGACAGUCGUGUUUUGAUGAGUUUGAUUCCAAUUGCCGAUGGUGUAACCAUAGCAAUGAAGCUUUGAAAAGCAAACUCUCCAUUCUCUGUCAUGUUUGUUUAUUUUUAAGAUAUCUAAUCAAAACCCAGAGUUUUCAUCGAAGGAAUUGUCGUUUAUCGCCGUGGGGCGGGAUGGAAUUUUUAUUGAGAUGCCAAACACUGGAAACCUGUACUCUAAAGAUGUUUGUUUCGGGACAUCCCCUUGUUCUUCGAAAUGUUUUUUGUCAACAAGUUUGUUCAAAUCUCUCUUCCCAAAACGGGUUUUAACUUAGAGUUCGAAUCAAAUCAUGUCAAAUUUCAUUGAACGCAGCGCAACUUGAAUCAUAAUUACACUAAAACGAAUAAUGUAUGGAAAAGGUUAUUCAAAUAACAAAGCUAAUCUAAUAAAUGAUCCUUAUGUAUGAGUA